AUGCCCACCAACGAAGGAUUCUCAGGUGUAUCCAAUUGCUAUGUGUUCAAGAGUCGAUUGCAGGAAUAUGCACAAAAAGCAGGCUUGCCUACUCCUGUGUAUGAGACAAUCAAAGAAGGUCCUUCUCAUGAGCCAUCCUUCAGGUCAACAGUGAUUGUGAAGGAUGUUAGAUAUGAUUCUUUACCUGGUUUUUUCAAUCGGAAGGCGGCAGAGCAAUCAGCUGCUGAGGUUGCUCUCGUGGAGUUGGCAAAAGCUGGUGAAAUUAAUGAAUCCACUUCUCAACCUGUUCAUGAAACAGGAUUAUGCAAGAAUCUCCUUCAGGAGUAUGCUCAAAAGAUGAAUUAUGCAAUUCCAUUAUAUGUGUGCCUAAAGGAUGAAACACCAGGUCGAGGACUCGUUUUUAAAUGUACUGUUGAGAUUGGGGGGAUUCGGUAUAUUGGAGCAUCAGCAAAAACCAAAAAAGAAGCAGAGAUCAAAGCUGCUAGAACUGCUUUAUUAGCCAUCCAAUCUAGUGGAUCUGAUAAACCAAGUGGUGACUCUCAAUUAAGGGUAAUUCCAUGUAGAAAGAGAGGAGUUGAGGCUGGUGUUCAAGAGGAGACGGCAAAUGUUCCCAAGCCUAAGAAGGCUCGAUUUAAAAAGAAAAUGUUAAAAAACAAAAACGCUGGGGACCAGAUUGACAAUGCUCAAAGUGAACGGACUGAAAACUUGGACACUAUGGAUGGUCAAUCAGGAUCAGAAUCAGAUAAAACUGAUGGAUCUGCCAUCCAAGGAGCAAAUUGCAAACCUCAAGCAAUGGGAACAACGAUGACUGUCCAAGCUGGGAAAUCAGACACCGACUUGAAUGAGAGAGAAACAUCCGAUAGUAAAGGUGCUUUGACUUCUCAUGAUGCUGUUAGUCCUAAAAGUGGACAGCCAGCAUCCCCAAUUUUUAAUCAAAGCAAUCAUGAGACUAGUGCUGAAAUUUCAGCGGAGUCUAAUGCAGGCACAGGUAAGGUUACUGGAAUUAUAGAGGUUGCUUCAAUGGCAAACAACUCUGUCCUCGCUCAGAUAGAGGCUUCAAAUGCUUAA